AUGGAAAACAUGACAUUUAAUAGUCUUAUUAUGCAGUUGGAGGGACUGGUUGUCCCUGACCAGUUUUUGUAUCCUACUUUUUUGUUCUUCCUUAUUUUCUAUGUGCUCAUUAUGCUUACCAACAUUGGAAUCGUCCUGAUCAUAUCCAUGGAACAGAAUUUACAUGAGCCUAUGUACAUUCUCUUCUGUAAUCUUCCUUUUAACGAUGUGAUUGGAAACUCUAUCACGAUCCCUCGGUUGCUGGUGGACCUUUUAAGGCCAGCGUCUGAACGCACCAUCAGUUACACUGAAUGUGUUGUUCAGGCCUUCUGUACUCACAUGUACGCAACUACUUCUCACACUGUACUGAUGAUCAUGGCUUUUGACAGAUAUGUUGCCAUAUGUAAUCCACUGCACUAUACAACUAUAAUGACGACUAAAAUGGUGGCUAAACUGACUGCAUCAGCCUGGGGUGUGGCAAUAUUCCUAGUGGGUAUUUUGUUAGGUCUCACAAUAAGGCUGAAUCGUUGUGGAACACAAAUAGCAAAUCCGUUCUGUGAUAAUGCAUCACUGUUCAAACUUUCAUGUGAAAAUCCUUACAUUAAUAAUAUAUAUGGUCUGGCGUUCACAGUCUUUCUACUUGUCUCGUCCAUGGGAAGCAUAGCACUUACGUAUGCCAAAAUAACAGCUGUGUGCCUGACCCGUAAAAACAAAUCACUGAACAGCAAGGCUCUGAAAACCUGCAGCACACACUUGGCUGUCUAUUUGGUCAUGUUGCUGUCUGGGCUUCUCAUCAUCAUACUGCACCGUUUCCCUGGUUAUGCAGACUACAGGAAACUGUCUGCCCUGCUCUUCCACAUCAUCCCAGGCCUUCUGAAUCCAGUUAUAUAUGCCGUGCAGUCUACUGAGAUCAGACAUGUUAUGAUCAAACUACUGCACACAAAGAAGGUGAUGCCAUGA